AUCCAAGUAAAACGCAACGAGAGUUAAACGGAGAUGGGCGUUUCUUCUAAUCUAUGUCUAAUGAAAAUGAUAGAGACAGUUGUGGAGAAAGUAAUACCAAAAAGUGCCGAAGGCAGCGACUUCGUGCAGAUUGCCUCAAUGUUUGUGGUUUCCAUUGGAGCAUUUUCAACGGGAGCCCUCUUCACUUGGCUCUCACCGGCCAUUCCGCAUCUGAUCCGAAACACAUCCUACAUCGGUCAAAUAUCGAUCGAGGAAGCGUCUUAUCUUUCAAUGCUGCCAGGAGUUUCCAUGAUCGUCUCUUCUUUUCUCAUAACCAGCGCGAUGAAGCACAUCGGAAGAAAGCCAAUAAUCUGGUUCAUGGCCCUCCCUCAAGCACUCAGUUGGAUACUAACCGGCGAGGCGAAAAGCAUAACGCCAAUUUACAUCGCGCGUAUUCUAAAUGGGAUUGGGGAGGGGAUAAUGUUUUCUACCGUGAUGGCUUACGUUGGGGAGAUACUGACACCGGCAGUCCGUGGGAAAUGGGGGAAUGUGGUAACGUGCUCGAUGGGCUUAGGCCAAUUGAGCAUGGCUGCCUUGAGCGCUUCCGUGGAUAUCGUUACGGCAGCUUACAUUCAUCUCUUUGCGCCGCUGCUUCAAAUUCUGCUGGUUCCCUUUCUGCCGGAAUCCCCGCACUAUCUCUUGAAGAAAGGCGAACGCGAAAACGCCAAAGUCGCCCUGAUGCGGCUCAGAUGGAAAACCGACGUAGACUGUGAGCUUUCAGCUAUGAGUGAGAGCAUCGAAAGGCAACGUUCUGAAGCUGGCUCAUUUAAGGAUUUAUUCUGGAUUCCUGCGAAUCGAAGGGCACUGCUGUUGGUACUUGGUCUGCGCACAUUUCAGCAAUUGAGCGGUAUAACUGCAUUUGUAAUAUACGCCCAGUAUAUAUUCGAGUUAUCCGGAGCAAGGUCCGUCUCAGAAGAAGUAUCUACAAUUAUUGUUUUUGCCAGUUUAUUUCUUUUCUCAAUGGUUUGCUUACCAAUAGUGGGUAAAUACAGCAGAAGACUAAUGUUAACAGCAUCCUCUGCAGGCUGUGCAAUUUCCUUGCUGAUCAACGUGUUUCACUUUUACAUCCUGGAAGAAACAGAGGUGGACGUAUCUGACACCAGCUGGACACCACUGCUAGCCAUGGUUUGCUACAUUGCCUUCUACAGCGUUGGAUUACUUUUUUUGCCCACACUAAUGACAGGGGAACUGUUUGCGCUGAGCAUAAAAAACCACGGAAUGCUUGUUUCCAAUGUGUAUCUGGCGUUAACAACGAUUGCUGUUCCCAAGAUUCUUCAGCUACUGCUGUCGAACUUUUCAAUGUACGCCACGUUUAUAUUUUUCACCGCAUCGUGUCUAGUUUCCACUAUAUUUUGCUGGUUUUGCGUUCCGGAAACAAAAGGAAAGACACUGGAGGAAAUCCAACAACUUCUCAACAAAACAAAAUAAAGUACCUCUCUUAUCGACGGUUUAAUCUGUCGGCAUAGAUCGCGCCAAAUAAAUGCAUUAUGCGCU